AGAGAAUUUGUAGAGAGAGAAAGCAUUGAGAAAGGGACUAUCAGAGUUUAGAAGAUACAGAGAGAGAAAGAGAGAAAAUCUGUGCAUGCCAUUGAGUGAAGAACCAAGAGGAACAAGGAGGAGGCACUGGAAUCAAAAUGGGUUUUGGGUGUUGAUUCAAAGGGUCUUUUUUGUUUUUCAUUAAAAAAUUAUUUUUUUGUUAGAGAAAACAAUUAUUCAAGGACUUGAAAGCCAUUGACUUUCUGAUUCCCUUCGAGUCAUUAUCCCAGAGAGAGAAAGCGUGGAAGGAUCUGAAAAUUAAAGUUUAAAAGCCAUAAAAGAGAAGAACUUUCUGGCAUUUUACUUUGUCACUGCCAAACAAAAGUGUAAAAAGACAAAUAAUUGGUCGGUUCAGGUGUGAAAUACAGAAAAGAAAAGAAUUUGGGACAUUUGCUCUUGUUGCUGAGGAGGGUUGUGCAAAUUCGAGAAACAGAAAAGGAAAAUGGAGGGCAAUAGUGAGAUGGGUCUUCUUGGAGAAAGUUUUGAUACUAAUUUUGUGGGGAGGAUGAGGGAUGAUGAGUAUGAAAGCCGGUCUGGGAGUGAUAAUUUCGAUGGAGGAUCUGGUGAUGAUCAAGAUGCUGGUGAUGAUCAACCACAGAAGAAGAAGAAGAAGUACCAUAGACACACCCCUCAACAAAUUCAGGAGCUUGAAGCGUUCUUCAAGGAGUGUCCUCAUCCAGAUGAGAAGCAAAGAUCAGAUCUUAGUAAGAGGCUUGGCUUGGAGAAUAAGCAAGUCAAAUUCUGGUUUCAGAAUCGACGAACCCAGAUGAAGACGCAACUGGAACGCCAUGAGAACAUGAUUCUUAGGCAGGAAAAUGAGAGGCUCCGAGCUGAGAACAGUGUAAGGAAGGAUGCUUUGGCAAAUCCGAUAUGCAACAACUGUGGUGGACCAGCUGUUCCUGGCCAAAUUUCAUUGGAAGAACAUCAGACUAGAAUUGAAAAUGCUCGGCUAAAGGAGGAAUUGAACCGAAUAUGUGCCCUAGCAAACAAGUUCCUGGGCCGGCCCCUCUCAUCACUGGCCAGUCCCAUUCCUCUGCCAGCCUCAAAUUCUGGUCUAGAGCUUGCUAUUGGAAGAAAUGGGAUGAAUGGUUCAGGCAAUUUUGGCAUGUCCUUGCCAAUGGGACUUGACGUGGCAGAUGGUGUUUUGGGCUCCUCACCUGCAAUGUCUGGUAUGAGUGUUAGAUCACCAAUGGGAAUGAUUGGAAAUGAAGUCCAGAUUGAGAGAUCUAUGCUUCUAGAUCUUGCAUUAACUGCUAUGGAUGAAUUAAUCAAGUUGGCUCAGCCAGAUACCCCUCUUUGGAUUAAGAGUCCUGAUGGAAGGAAUGAAGUAUUGAACCAUGAGGAGUAUGCAAGAACAUUUUCUCCUUAUCAUGGUCCCAAACCAACUGGUUAUGUAACCGAAGCUACAAGAGAAACUGGUAUAGUAUUAGUCAACAGUUUAGCCCUUGUGGAAACAUUGAUGGACACGGAUCGAUGGUCAGAGAUGUUUUCUUGUGUGGUUGCUAGUGCUGUCACCCUGGAUGUAAUAUCUGGUGGUAUGGGAGGAACCAGAAAUGGUGCUUUGCAAGUGAUGCUUGCUGAGGUUCAAUUGCUUUCUCCACUAGUUCCUGUUCGUCAAUUGAGUUUCCUCAGGUUUUGCAAACAGCAUGCGGAAGGUGUAUGGGUUGUUGUUGAUGUUUCAGUUGACAUUGGUCGUAAUGCUACCAAUGCACAGCCAUUAAUGAGCUGCAGGAGGCUUCCUUCUGGCUGUAUUGUGCAGGAUAUGCCCAAUGGUCUCUCCAAGAUUACUUGGGUUGAUCAUUACCAAUAUGAUGAGAGUGUUGUUCACCAACUUUAUCGCCCAUUAGUUAAUUCUGGCAUUGGCUUUGGUGCUCAAAGAUGGAUUAACACCCUCCUAAGGCAGUGUGAAUGCUUUGCAAUCCUCAUGUCUCCAAUCCCAUCUGAGGACCCCACAGCCUUAAACCAAUCCGGUAAGAGAAGCAUGCUGAAGCUUUCACAACGCAUGACUGAUUAUUUCUGCUCUGGGAUUUGUGCUUCAUCCACUCGCAAGUGGGAUGUCCUUCAUGUUGGUAAUCUGAGUGAUGACAUGAGAAUCAUGGCCCGGAAGAAUGUGGAUGACCCGAGUGAGGCUGGCAUUGUGCUGAGCGCUUCAACUUCUGUUUGGAUGCCGGUCUCGCGGCAAAGGGUGUUUGACUUUCUGCGUGAUGGACAGUUGAGAGGCGAGUGGGACAUGCUGUCCAAUGGGGGACCAAUGCAGGAGAUGCUCCAUAUUGCUAAGGGACAAGAACAUGGAAAUUGUGUUUCUAUCCUCCGUGCUGCUAACAGCAACGAGAGCAACGUGCUAUAUCUGCAAGAGUCAUGGAGUGAUACCUCCGGUUCAAUGGUGGUGUAUUCCCCUAUCAACAUGCAAUCCUUGAACAUGGUGAUGAGCUGCGAAGAUUCAUCUUUCGUCACUCUCCGUCCUUCGGGCUUUGUUGUUUUGCCAGAUGGUCAUUCAAACAAUGGCGAUGGCAGUGGUGGUAGUGACAGCGGCGGAAGCUUACUAACCGUUGGGUUACAAAUGUUGCAGAAUGGCCAGCAUGCAGCUAAACUCACUGUGGAGUCCAUUGAAACUGUUAAUAACCUAAUCACAUGCACCAUUCAGAAGAUCAAAGAUGCACUUGGAGUUGCAUGAUGAACCCUUUGGUUGAUUCAAUUUAUAUACAUUAAAACCCUAUUGAUUAUAUUUUUUUACUUUGAAAAUGACAACAUAAAAGAGGGUCUUAUAUUUGGAUGUAUAGUGGAUUCUAGCAUAGUGGAAGAGGUUGAGAUAGAGAAAGGGUUUUGAGUCAAGAACGAACCGCGAAUUAGCAAAGUGCAAUUUGCUUUGUUGUGGUGUGGUUCGGGUAUUGACUCGUUACGUGUUAGUCUCAACUCUCUUAUAUGACCAAAAGAAUAUUGUUAUUCAUACAUCCUUUAUUUAUAGUUGAAGUAAAACUGCUUGACUUUGUUAUUACUUUGUAUUUAUAAUUUAUUUAUUAAAUGCAUUUUCAUGUUUCAGUU